GGGGUGGCUCGAGCCCCUGGAGCGGCACGCGGCGGCCGGGGCUCGCGGCCUCGGCCGCGCGCCGAGCCGAUGGCGGCCGCGGUGGCUGGCGGCGGGGCCGCGCUCCCGCCGGCCUGGCCGGGCGCGCCCGGGGGCGCGGCCGCCCGUGGCCGCCAGGUGAGGCUCUCGGACGGCCUGGUGCAGAGCCUUGCGGUCGGCAAGGUGUACAGCGACCACCGCGGCCCCGUGGGCAGCCUGGACUUUACGCACGACGGGCUGUACCUCGCUACCGCGGGCGAGGACGACCGCGUCCACGUCUACUCGUGCGACAGGGCCGAGCGGGCCAGGCACCUGAGGUGCGAGAAGUACGGCGUCGGCGCCGUCCGCUUCCUGCACAACAGCAGGGACUGCGCGCUGGCCUCCUCCAGGAGCGCGACGGAGCACGUCGUGAAGCACUGGGACUUCCAGGAAAACAAGUACGUCCGUCUCUUCCGGAGCCACACUGCGCGGGUGACGUCGCUGAGCCCGCACCCGUACGAGGAUGGGAAGGCCCCAGCUCGCGCACAGACUACGGGGGGGGGGGCGUGGCCUGUGCGCAGCCCGAAGCCCUUGCCGUGUGAGGACACCUUCCUGUCUGGGUCCGCGGACGCCACGGUCCUCCUUUGGGACCUGCGCAGGGACAGGCCCACGGCGCGGAUCGGCGGCGCCGGGCUAGCGGUGGCCAGCUUCGACCAGCAGGGGCUCGUCUUCGUGGCCAGCAUCGGGCGCACGAAGCUCCACCUCUUUGGCGCGGCGGCGGGCCCGAAACUACACGAAGGGCGAGUUCUCGUGCUUCAACAUCGCGCCGCACCUGCACGGCGAGCCGCGCGAUCCACUUCGUGCUGUUCAGCCCUUGUGGCAGUUGCGAGUCUUGAGCUCACCACCGAGAUCGUUAGAGCCGCCACUUCCCCCUCUAGCCCACUCUUGGCCUCUGGGUCCCCAGGCGUGUUCUGCUCUCGAGACCGCGCUGGGGUGCAUGUUCGCCGCCUUUGAUUUUCUGGGGCGGCUCUGACGGCCGUGUCGGAGGGGGGGCGUUCAUGACCGCCCAGGCAAGUAUUUGCUGGUUCGCACAGUGGACCAGCUUCUUCUCGUAGAUGCGUUUGACGGGGACCUCAUCUCCGGGGGUCUCGAGCACUGGCCCGGCGGGCACUGCACCAGCGUCUGACCAUAUUUCAGUCCGAUGCACUGUGCAAUCAGGAUGCCCCCCCCCCCUCCCUCUCGUGAUGAAGUCGUGAAAGACCAGAGUGAUUUUACAGCGUGCGGCCACCUGAUGCUUCUUAUUCUAAUGCGAAGGCGGCGGGGAAGCACAAGGGCUGCUCUUCCUGGGAAGGCGACCCCUGUGCCUCUCGACAAGUUUCGUGGCCAGUAGCAGUCCUGUAGUGGAACGGUGCUGGGCAACAUUCGCCGCCUUAACAAGAUCUAGCCUGCGCCCGAGUCGUGCCAUCACUGGGUACUUUCUUCUCAAACCAGCGCAUUCACUGCGCGGAGCAGGUACCCUGACCUUGCACCAUCUCGAUGUCUGGCCCCCCAACAAAAACGUGGUGCUGGAGCUUUCCUGAUCAGGUUUCUCACUCUUCUGCGUGCUCUCCAAUGGCCCUCGAACUCCUGGAGCCGACGCCGUCGAACUUGCUGCAAGUUCUGUGCGACUGGCAGCGAACCGGGAGCUUCCGGGCGACUGGAUCUGGGGCGGAGGGACCGUCAGGUGAGCGACG